UUCAUAAUAACAAAAAAAAAGUGAUGCAAACAUCAGAUAAUAUUAUAAAAUUAAAUUAAGGCAUAACUUGAUAGGCUAUCGUACUAAAAAUAGUUUAAACGUCUUCAUUAAUAACUUUAAUGCUGAUAUAAGUUCAAAAACAGACACAUCAUCAUGUAUUUUACAUCUGCUUUGGUUUCGAGAAGUUUAAUUAAAAAUGCAGGAAUUAUUUUCUCAAAACAACCCGUACCAAAGAAUUUAUACGCAACACGACUCUUUGGAACAUCUCUACAGAAGCAAGCUGAAGCAUUUAUACCAAAACAAAGAAUUAAGUCAUUACUUCCAACAAACAAUUCAUUCCGUCAAGCAGUUACACGAUUUUGUUCAAAAGCAGCGGAACCAGCAAAAGGACAAAAAGCAGUAGGAUGGUGGCUUGUAGGAUGUUCAGGAAUGGUUUUUGUCGCUGUAGUUUUAGGUGGUGUUACUAGACUCACUGAAUCUGGAUUAUCAAUGUCUCAUUGGAAGUUACUUGGAGAAAAGCCACCAACAACUAAGGAAGAUUGGAUCCGUGAAUUUGAAUAUUAUAAGCAAUUUCCAGAAUUCAAACUCAAAAAUGCCGAGAUGACAUUGGAAGAGUUCAAGUUCAUUUUUUGGAUGGAAUAUGGACAUAGAAUGUGGGGUCGUUGCAUUGGUGCAUUUUAUGCCAUUCCAGCUGCCUACUUUUGGUCUCGAGGAUAUUUUAAUAAAAGCAUGAAGAUUAAAGUUGGAAUAUUUGGAACACUAAUUGGUCUUCAAGGAUUAAUGGGAUGGUACAUGGUCAAGUCAGGCUUAGAGGAUAGAUUCCAAGAUCCAAAUGAUGUUCCAAGAGUUUCACAAUACCGUCUUGCUGCACAUUUAUCAUUUGCAUUGGGAUUGUAUAUUUUGUUCUUGAUGUCUGCUUUUGAUCAUUUGAUGCCAACAAAGCAGCACGCUAUUGAAAUUACACAAAAGGCACUAAAGCUAAGAAAAUAUGCACAUAUAUCUAAGGGAAUGAUUUUCCUUACUGCCAUUUCUGGUGCUUUUGUGGCUGGCCUUGAUGCUGGUUUAGUCUAUAAUUCGUUCCCAAUGUUUGCUGACCGAUGGAUUCCAAGUGAUUUAUGGGCAAUUUCACCAGCAAUUAAAAAUGUCACAGAAAAUCCAACAACUGUUCAAUUUAACCAUCGCAUUUUAGGUACCUCAACUUUAGCUCUCAUUUCUGGAAUGUGGAUGUUGUCUCGUAAAUGUAAACUACCUCCGCGUGCUCAUACAGCCGCAACUGCUGUCGUCAUAAUGGGAUGGAUGCAAGUUGUUUUAGGAAUUUCAACUCUCCUUACAUAUGUACCAACGCAUUUAGCAGCUAGUCAUCAGUCUGGAUCCCUAAUUUUGCUUAGUAUGGCUGUCUGGUUAACUCAUGAACUCAAAUAUUUGAAGAAACUACCAAAAUAAUGAAUGAACAAGAUUGCAUUUUUGUAUAGUGUGUAAAAAAUAAUGAAAGUGGAACAAGCAUGAAAAUAAAACAAGUUCAAAUGAAUUUUCUAAUUCAAGCACGAUUCAAGAUUUCUAAAAGGUAAGAAAAUGUCAGACAGAAUUAGUUUUAAUAAAAAAGAAUGAA